CCAUUUCAGGGACGAGGGGGGUUGAGAGUUCGGAGAAGGAAUUGGGUCAACAUAGCCGACAGAACCGCUCUCCGAUAGUCGCGGGCCCGGGCUGAGGCGUGACGUCAGUGGUCGGGUUUCGGUUCUAACAACUGCUAGCUGUUCAGCGAGCCUAGUGGAAAUACAACCAGAAUGAAGCGGGUGAAAGGAGAUGAGGAGCAACACAACAGCUCCAGCAGUAGGAGUCCACCAGAGGCUCGGAAGAAGGUGCGGAAGCAGCUGAAGGAAGAGCCGGAGGAAGAUGUGCCCAGUGAGUGUGAUUGCAGCUGGUCACGGCUACCUCAGGAAAUACUGCUCCACAUCUUCCAGUACCUUCCGUUGCUGGAUAGGGCAUUCGCCUCACAGGUUUGCCGAGGUUGGAACCAGGCCUUUCACAUGCCAGAGUUGUGGAGGUGCUUUGAAUUUGAACUUAACCAGCCAGCUAGCUCCUACCUUAAGGCCACACAUCCCGACCUCAUCAAGCAGAUCAUAAAGAGGCACUCCAACCAUUUGCAGUAUGUCAGUUUCAAGGUGGACAGCAGUACAGAGUCUGCUGAAGCUGCCUGUGAUAUUCUUUCUCAGUUGGUGAAUUGUUCACUUAAGACCCUGGGGCUCAUAUCUACUGCGCGGCCCAGUUUCAUGGAACUACCAAAGUCCCACUUCAUCUCAGCGCUGACUGUGGUGUUUGUCAACUCAAAAUCUCUGUCCUCACUCAAGAUCGAUGACACCCCAGUGGAUGACCCGUCUCUGAAGGUUCUGGUGGCCAAUAACAGCGACACACUCAAGUUGCUCAAAAUGAGCAGCUGCCCUCACGUCUCCCCAGCAGGGAUCCUGUGUGUGGCGGACCAGUGUCACGGGCUGAGAGAGCUGGCUCUAAACUAUCACCUCCUGAGUGACGAGCUCCUGCUUGCCCUCUCCUCAGAGAAGCAUGUUCACUUGGAACACCUGCGCAUCGAUGUGGUGAGCGAGAACCCUGGCCAGCACUUCCACACCAUCAAGAAGAGCAGCUGGGAUGCCAUGGUGCGCCACUCACCCAAGUUCAACCUGGUCAUGUACUUCUUUCUCUAUGAGGAUGAGUUUGGACCCUUUUUCUGCGAGGAGAUCCCCGUCACACAUCUCUACUUCGGCCGUUCAGUCAGCAAGGAUGUCCUGGGUCGCGUGGGUCUACACUGCCCCCGUCUGGUUGAACUAGUGGUGUGUGCGAACGGCCUGCGCCCUCUGGAUGAGGAGCUGAUCCGCAUUGCCAAACACUGCACCCAGUUGUCGGCCAUUGGCCUGGGUGAGUGUGAGGUGUCCUGCAGCGCCUUCGUGGAGUUCGUCAAGAUGUGUGGCCGUAGGCUGUCCCAGCUGUCUAUCAUGGAGGAAGUGCUGAUCCCUGAUCACAAAUACUCCCUGGAUGAGAUUCACUGGGAAGUGUCCAAACACCUGGGCCGGGUCUGGUUCCCAGACAUGAUGCCCACCUGGUAAAGCAAAGCCACUGAUGCAGAGUUGAGUGACCUAAAAUUUGUGUUAUGAAAUGUUGAUGGCCACCAUGUUUGCACUGAAAAGUUUUUGACUACCUUAUAGCAGAAUGGUGCCAACAUGGAGGGCGGAGCUUGCUUAACUCUGUGCAGAGCAGAGCCCAUUUGGGGUUUUGGUGUUGUGAUUAAACAUGGAAGGAUGAUGCCCUUUAGUUUUAAAAUGACCCAGCUGACAGCUCCAUUACAUUGUUAGGAGACACAAACAGCAGAGAGUGCUCUGCGUCUUAACCGUGGAAUGCUUAACCCUCCUCCUUUUUGUCAGGGAACAGUUAUACUGGCUCCUUCACACAUUGGACAGUCAUCACUACACAGACUGUGGCAGGUGGGAAAAAAUUGAAUUGAAAAAACAAAACAAUGUUUUUAUAACUUUGUAAAUUAAGUUGGGUGGACUUUGUAGUCUGGGUAUGACAAUCUGUAUUACAAGCAGUGUCAGUUUCUGUUUGUAUGUACGUUUAUAAAUAUAUUGAGUUUUUCCUAACAUUGUUGAGAAAUUUGGGGAAAGAUUAAGUGCAGAAUUCCAUGGUGUGACUCUUUCACCUGGCCCAUUUCAAUCCAGUCUGAGACAAUGGCUGCAGCUCUGCAUUCUCUGAAUGUGCUGUUCUAGGUGCUAUCUGCUAUUCAGCAGUGUGAAUCACAACAACAAGGCAAGGCAAAUUCAAAUAGAAAGGAAGCAAAUAAACACUAAGAUUGCUGAUAUCAGACAUGGAAAUGCCCCCAGUAGAUUUGGUUUGCUGUUUGUUCUAAUGGCUGCUUAGUAAUCGGAGGACUGCGAGUGCGAGUCCGGUCUUUGGGGGCGUCAAAUGACAACUGAAACAACUCAGCCAGCUCGGCUGCUGCUGUUGUUUUUUUGUUUUUUUUCAAAUGCAGAAAGUGAGUCAUUUACUUUGUUUCAUUAAGUACCAUUCAGCAGCUCCUGCUGAUGUUUACUUAUGUGAUGCUUCAGGAAAGCAGAAUUAUUACACAUAGCACCUUGUUAAAGGCAGUCAGAUGGCGUGUAUAUAGUACGUGACAGGAAAUGUUAAGUAAGGUAUAAUUGUAGGGGACUGAGUGAGUUGUUUGAGGAAUGGUUGGGUCCUGCUACUGACCCAAACACAUUAAUACAAAUCUGCAACGUUAGCAGUGACAGCCUUCGUUAUUUUCCUUCGGCCAAACUUAUUCGUUCAUUUGAAGUGAACUAAAUGAUGACAAAACUCGGUUUCAGGCCUUGUUUGUUGAAACUGCUCAGAGUCAGACGGAGGAGAAAUGGAAAGUGUGUACAUAAGUCCGAAUACAUGUGAAGGGAAAGUGGACUGAGUUUGUUGAUUCCAUUUGAAUUCUUCUUUUAUUCAAGUUAUAACAAAAAAGAUUUUUUUUUCUAUAUCAGGGCACAAAUUGGCUUUGAUUCUUAAAUUCCUGAAUGUUAUUGAGUUUUACUGAGCACCUUACAUGAAUACCAAAUGAUAUAUUCAGGAGAAAUUUUUACUUCUGCAAGGGGAGUUUAAUGCCUAGAUGGAGCAAAGGGUAGAUUUCUUUCUUUAAACUUGUUUUUUUACCCCCCCUCUUAUUAUUUGGACUCAGAUUUGAGUGAAGAUAAAUGAUGCUGCACUUGGGGUUUGGUACUUCUGAUACCCAGGUCAGCAAAUGGAAAUGGAUAAAAUGAAGCAAUAGUGGAUGAGAAAAUUAAAUAGAUUUGUUAAAUGAUAUGUAAAUACAGAUACUACAUUGCGCACAUAGGACACAGAUGUCAGGAUGUGGGGGUAGAUGGUGAGAAGUCUGACCAUCGUGGUCUGACUGGUGAUUUUAUUUUAUUUUUUUUCCAUUUAACAACUGAUGGAAAGUGAGAAGUCUCUAAUACACUCUGGGAAUGCAAAAUUGACCUUUUUGUCUCUCAGGUGUCGAAGUGUGAAUUAAUAUUUGAACUUUAUAGUUUUUAUUUUUGUCUUCUGCUACUUGCCGGUUCGACUCUGAACCAUGACUCUCUGGUGUAAAUUUCCACCCUCCUUUCAGCCCGGGUUUGCUUUGCAUCUCGCGAUCACAUCACAGAUGUGGAAGUAUCAUUUAUCACACACUCUCAUUACGAAUAAUUAAUCUCGUUCUCAUCUAGACAUCCACUCGUUUCAGUGAGAGAUUUGCCAAGUCAGAUGAGUGAAACAAACUUUUCCUUUAAGAAGGAAGUCAAAUGCAUGUGUAUAUAAAACGCUGUGUGUUUGAAUAUAUGAAUAGAAAUGUACUUAUUUCUUUAUGGCACCCUCUGUAAGGGUUCUCAGUUUCACUAACCAAUGGCUUAUGUCUUUUCUAUACCAGAGUGCGAGUUAUCCUUUGCUAGGUGGAUCUCUUUUUCGUACCCUAGUCACUAGAGAUGUAUAGCCAUGUAAUUUAUUGAUAUAUGAAUUCUUCUUUUGUAAUUGUUGGAUUUUCAGCGAUGUAUUCAGUGAGCAGUCGGUACAAACAGCAGCGAGAGGUUUCUGUUCUCAUACUCCUGCCUCUGUCCAUGUCUUUUAGCCGCAUCUGUUAGAACCUACAGAUAAUCCAGAUUUUUUUUUCUUAUUUUCACAGGACAUCCCUCUCAUUUAGCAAAACAGUGGCCUAAUGGUAAACUUUAACACAACAGAUUUUAAUCUCUUAAGAAGAACAUAGUUUAUUCAUAGCAGUGGACACUUUUAUCACCCAACAAGAUAACCACACUUAUUGUCGGCGCACAAAUGCAAUAGCAAAGGGUGUAGUUAACAUAUCUCCUGUCUGGAUUUCUUUUCAUAGUUAGUGCAAUAGACUCAAUUCAAAUGUUGCCUCUCUAGUGUUUACUGUCUACGCGAGGUGGCAUCUCAACCAGAGAUUGGUUUUGUUGCAUUUCCUUACACUUUGGCUUCAUACUAGCUGACGGGAAACCAAGUGGGAUGAGAAAACACAUGCUUCACAUCAAUGGCAAUUAAAAGGGAGAGGGGUCUUCCUUCCAUCAGCAAGAGGCUUGUCAGUAGUUUUUUUUAAACAUGACCCUUUAUUCGUUCCACCUGAUUCUCCUGCAGAAAGUAAUUUAGGAGUGAACUACUGCUGACAAUGCUGUCCUUUUAGUUUUGCUUCUGUAUGGCCAACGCUUUGCCUACUUCGCUGUCGGUCACUUGUCUUGAAAUGAAAACUCGGUUGCUUUAGACAUGUGAUCUUGGAAUAAAAAAUUGUGAAUGUAA